AUGGUCAGGGUUACACGAACAAAAGGGUCGCUGAGGAAUUCGGAUUUGCGGGUCCGAGUCACCGGAAACUCGAAUAGCUGGGGGAGAUUCGGUGGGAACAGAACGGUGACGAAGACGGAGAAAGUUUGCAAUUUUUGGGUUGAUGGGAAUUGCACAUACGGUGAUAAGUGUAGGUAUUUGCAUUGCUGGAGCAAAGGAGAUAGUUUCUCGUUAUUGACUCAGCUUGAUGGUCAUGAGAAGCUUGUUAGUGGGAUUGCUCUGCCUUCUGGCUCUGAUAAGAUUUACACUGGGAGUAAAGAUGAGACCAUCCGUGUCUGGGAUUGUGCUUCUGGACAGAUCUUUAUUCGAUUCUUCAAAGGACCUUCUUCAAAUGUUUGA